AUGGUAGGCAGCUAUGCUAAUGUUGGUGCUACUUUGCGAGAUUUUCGAAAUUUUAACCGUGAUUUGAAGUGCUUUGUUGGAGUGCGAGAUGGACAAAUGCUUAUUGACAAAUUCAAAGUUACAAAGGAGAGUUCUAAAACAUUUUAUUUUGCUUAUGAGGUUGAUAGUGAAGGACACUUGACGAAGCUUUUCUGGUCUGAUGUGAUUGGACAAAGGAAUUUUGAAUUAUAUGGUGAUGCUGUAUCGUUUGAUGCCACUUUUGAUACAAAUAAGUACAAUAUGAUUUUUGCUCCAUUCACCGGUGUAGAUAAACAUGACAGAUGUGUUACGUUUGGUGCUUGUCUUUUAUCAAAAGAAGAUGUUACGCACUAUAGCUGGGCUUUUGAUCAUUUUGUUAAAGUAAUGGGUAGAAAUCCAGUGGUGAUAAUAACAGAUCAGUGCCCUGCCAUGAAAAUUGCUGUACCUGCGUCAUUCAAUUCUAAUAAUGGAUUGGUCUCAACUAAACAUCGUUUAUGCAUGUGGCAUAUUAUGGAAAAAUUCCCGGCAAAGCUUGGUAAUCGUUUAUGCAAGGAAACUGAUUUCAUGGAAAAAAUGAAAACUUAUAUAUGGGCUUCUCAUUUAGAAAUUGCUGAGUUUGAGGAAGGUUGGGAGGCAGUAUUUAAAGAAUUCAAGUUGGAGUCGAACAAGUGGCUGUUAGAUAUGUAUGAAAUAAGAUCGUCUUGGAUUCCUGCUUAUUUUAGAGAUGAACCAAUGUUUGGCUUAAUGAGGACUACGUCACGAUCAGAGAGUGAGAACUCUUUCUUUGGUCAGUUUCACAAACAGGGUGACACUCUUUGCGAGUUUUGGUUGCGAUUUCAGAGUGCUAUGGAGAGACAACGUAAUGAGACAGAGAGGUUGGAUCACGAGUCAGAUUCAUUCACUCCAAAUAUACUGUCAAGGUGGUUUAUUGAGGAUGAUGCAGCAGCCAUAUUCACAAGGGAGAUAUUUUAUAAAAUUCAGGAAGAAAUACUUGCAGGAUGCUUGGAUAUGCAAAUAAAACGUAUGAGUGAAGAGAUUGAUGGUGUUACUGCUUUGGAAAUCAAGGACGUGAAAAUCAAAGAUAAAGUUUUUAAGGUGUCUGUUAGUAAAAAUCAUGCUGUUUGUUCUUGCAAGAAAUUCGUUAUGUGUGGAAUAGUAUGCAGACAUGCUUUUUGCGGCUUGAAACAAAUAGGGGUGACAAAGUUUCCUAGGAGCCUUGUGUUGAAUAGAUGGAUGAAAAUAGCAGAAAGUGGUACUUCCUCUGCUGCGCUUUCAGUAUCAGAAGAUUAUUUGAAGAUGGAGAAGGUUUCGUUAAAAAUAACAGAUAUUUGGUUUGAUUUUCGAGAAUUGGUUAACAAGGCUGGUUUUCAUUUGGAGAAGCUUGAUGUUGUUCAUCAAACCGUAUUGCAGUUGACAGCUGAUCUUGAGAGUUCUAAUGAACAUGCUGAAUUUACUAAACGAGAUCAUUUGGCAGCUAUGGUUGGUGACCAACCUAGUGGACCUAUUGAAGUUCUUGCGCCGAAUGUUUGUAAGAAUAAAGGAAAUUUUUUCAAGAGGUUGAUUAGUGAUAGGGAGAAGGCGAUUAAUAAAUCUAAGAAGAGAACGCGAAAAUGCAAGUUAUGUUCGGCAACAACUCAUGAUUCAAGGACAUGUGCAAAGAGGCAGAAAGUGUGA